GGUACGGGCUUUUAUGGUGGUGGGUGGUUCAAAUGGUAGAGAAACCUUGGUAUCUAUAAUGAUAUUUCUUUCUUGAUUCAUCUCUAUUCAUUAUAGUAGUGUUAGUAUCUGCUAAAAUAUGCAUUAAUCACCGUUGGGAACUAUCUUUUUAGUCUCACGUUAACAGUAUAGCGUAGAGCUGAUAAAUAUGUGUACAUUUUUAUUCUUAAUUACAAUAAUUUUAACGUGGAUCAAGGGAGACGUAAUAGCUCCAAGGAUCACUGCAUUUGAUUGUCAUUAUUAGGAUGAGCUUGCACCAAAUCAUAAUGUCGUGUUGGUAUUCCCAAUCUCCCAAAUUUGGAAAGAUUCCCAAAGUCAAAUGACUUUCACCAAGGUUUAAGGAAAAUUUUGUGUAAUUAUCGUUAAGUUCCCUCAGAUCUGAGGGAAUUUCGGGGUUUCGGUGUCAUUUCUCAAAAGUUUUCUAUAGUCGCUUACCCAAAAAGGGUCAAAUUUUCCCCCAAAAUUGGGAGAUUGGGUUAUUCUUGUAUAUGCUGGGGUUGUAUACUAGCUUUCCAGGCUAGACUAUAAUUUAUGACCAAUCAGGUAUAAAAUAACGAGUGUUGAAUUUAGGCCCAAGAUUCACUCAUCCAUUUGGCUAGAUAGAGCCUUAGCAUUAUUACUGAUGUCAGUUCGUGAUGAAAACCCUAAAUCUAGUCCUAACCUUAACCAUCAAUUGUAAAUCAUAAUUCUAAUCCCUCACACUGGUUUAUAACCCUCAUUUAGUCCUAGUUAGUAGGUGGACUUUUUCAAGGUAACUAAGUUCACUCAAAGGUAGUCCAUAACUUAUGGUUCUACCCAAGACUUUUGAAUGUGCCAAGUGUCCAAACACUGUAUUGAUACUUUGUACUUACCAAUAGGCUUUAUAAAUCUGGUAGUGGACCCAGGUAACGUAGUUAACUCUAUAAAAACAGAUGCUAUUGGUCAUAAAAUCUGUUCUGCUUAUCUCAGGCCCUACAGUUUCAAGAUUAGUAAUGUCACAAGCCACCCGAGUGAUUGCUUCUUCGUAAUGAUCCACAUAGUAUGAAGAGAGUCGGUGGUAGCUGAACGAAGGUGUGAUACCAAUUCAUAAUGUUGAAAACCUCAGACUUUGUGAACACCACAAUCACUGGCUUUAUAACCUUCAUCUUCUGUUUCCCAAAUUGAGAUGACGUUGUUCCACUGCCCUGUGGAUCAGACCUUCCGGUCAAUGGCUCGGGGUGUGGCCCCUGAGAAAACCACCUGCUCCGGUUUGGGCACCUAAGUAGUACCCCAGCCCUCACAGAAAUCGAAUGACUUAUGUGGCGCAUAUCUAUUUGGUGCCUCCUUCUAACAAUGUUUGUUUAAAUUAAAUAACGAGAAAUAAUAAUAUUUCCUCACAUCAUCCGUAUAUUACCUUACCUCAUUCUUCGUCACUUCCCUGACUAUAAAUUAGGCAACGAAUAUUCGAUUAUCAGGAGCGUUAAUAGGCAUAUACAAAUUUGUCACUUUACCCAACUUCUAACAAUACUAACGACCACCCUUGAAUAGGCCCUAGUCUGAUAUAUAGAGAAUUAGAAUUUGCUUUUGCUGUUUUAUUCUCCAUGACGUUACUAAGUCCUGCCACUUGGACUAAUAUAUUUUUGUGUAAGUCCACAUUUUUAUACCUGCUGUGGAACAUUUUGAUCAGGGUUUUCAGGAAGCCACUAAUAGACUCACCUUUCUGUUUGCGAAUUCCCUAAAUGAUAUUUAAUUUGUUCCUGUUAGUGCCCGGAUGGAAAAACUCUUAAGGUUGUUUUUACUUCGAAAAAGAGUUUUGAUCUUCAGGUUUCGUGGUUUCUGUACUAGGUUUGUGAAAUUUGACGUCUAAAAAACGAACGUUUUCUGAAAUACACCAUGUUAAAUCGAUAGAUGUCAGGAACUUGCCAGGAGCCUUGUAAAGCAUAGUGUCUUCAAGUAGGAAACUUUUAUUUUCGCGCCGCUUUGGAAGCUUAGCCCGUACUUUCAAUUAUAUGUCCCGUCUUUCCAAAGAAUGAACUCGGACUCAUUAAGUAUACAUAAAUAUGUAACUUCUAAUCACUCUUGUUUGCUGUACUAUAAGGUUGAACAAAUGCUCGAUUCUCUUUCGUCUACUGGGGGAAAUUUAUCGUCCAUAGAGGCUUUAAAUGUAAAAGAAGUAGUUCCUGAAAGCAAUGUGAAGAAGUCGGUAUGUAAGCAGUGCUAUAUAUUUUACUACUACUAUUUGUACUUUAUCCGGGGUUUGUUUAUAUGCAAGUAUCUCAGGUAUUAUUUUUUAUUUUAUUUUAUACACAAAUUCUGGUACAACUGGUUGCUAAAAACGUAUACUACACUCAAAAUAAAGAUAACGUCGUAAAGAAAUGAAGCAGGGAUUACAACCGAAAAGUGAACAAUAACAUCAAUGGAGAUUAAUUUCAUUUAAAAAUACAACCAAAAAAACGACUCAGUUAAGGGAGUCCUUAUUUUUAUGUGAAAUGACAAAGGCCGCUAACUUCUAUUUCGAAUUAUAUUUAAUGUGUAAAUCCAUUGAGUUACAUGGCCUCCAGGCGCCCCCGCUUUCAUAUUAGUACAGUAAGUAGGAAGUCCCUGGAGGUUGUAAAUAUCUAAACUUAUAUGAUUAUUUCGAGAGGGAAGAUAGAUUCUUCCUACCAGAGCACAUGUCAGUCAGUCGGCUACAACGUAGAACCAGGCACAUAUAUGCAUCGGUUUAAGUUGCCACACCUCAUUAGCACAACAAGAUAAACACCGAAUUCGUGGAAGUAGUUAAUUCAAUGUUGGUAGUAUACAAAAGAGAAGAGCACGUGUAGAACAACCUUACGUUCAGUGGAUCUGGUCUGUUUUGCCUUCGCUUUUGUUGAUCAUACAUCACGGAUUUAAAAUACUGAUGCGCUUUAUUUGUCUUUCUUAAGUAAACGAACCUGUGGCUGACGCUGCAUUCAUUGGCGUAGAAUGAAAUAGAAGCCUAUUAUUGUUGGUUUUAGUACAUUUUUCAUUCGGUAAGUAGCCUAACUGUCAGGAUCCAUAAGCAUUGAAUUCUAAAUUAAAACUAAAGAAAACCUGAUGGGAAUUUGAACCUUAGUAACCAAUCGAUCAUAUGCAUUAUAAAAUCUUGUAGCAAAUACUCGGAGUAAAUCUUCACAUCACCUCGAAUUCUUUUUCUCGGUCACCAAGUUCUCGCUUCUGGUCAUAGUCCAGCGAUUGAAUAUUCUAUCUGGCUCUUUUUGAGUCUUGUGGUAGUGGCGAUUUGUGUGACUGAAAUACGAACCUAGCAAGUGUUUAACACUAAUAUAUCUAAGCCCGUAUAUUUGGUUGGCUUAGAGUUUUUGGCAAGAUUUAAUCUAAAAGGGAUAAACCUAAGGCUGAUCGAUAAAGAAAUCCGUUUCAACUAUUUAUACUUGACCUUACCGCAUAUACUAGGUUCUACGUUACGGCAAUCAACUUAUUGUGGUUGUGGUCCUGGAAGCACUACUGCACCAGUUGAUUACCCAGAGAUUUCGUCUGGAAUAUCUAACCUAGAUAGUUUAAAAUUUAAAUGUAUGUAGUGAGAAGCAGAAGUUAGAUAUUUGAUGCCCAGCAAGGGUCUGAUCUGUUAUACAAAGGUGUUUUGUCCUUUUAAUGUUCGUAUGAAAUUGUCUCCUCCGUUAAUAAACUUUCAUACUUACCAUUUUACGUAUAUAAGUCCUCUUUUCCCCUUAAUAAAACUUAAAAGCCAAAUGGUCGUGAUAUCAUAGCCAGUAUAUGUCGUUUUGUUAAUCCCAUCUAACUACGAUGAGGAAGAAAUUUAAAGUUGGGACAGCACAUAUCUGUUUGAGACUCUGCAUUGAUUAUAAACAACUGGAUGGACUUAGAGUUUGUAUUGUUAGGCAUAAAAUCAUAUUCUUUGUAGUUAAUUUUAUUCCUGCGAUUUAUUUAUCUGCCUUAUUCAUUUCCCAGAUCUUACCACUUGAUCUUGUCGACAGUGAAUUAAGUGAUGAGUGUGAUAACAAUGUUGAUUCUCCACCUUCAAAUCAAAUACAUUCGUUGGAUGAAAAUAAUGAGUUAUGGACUAUUAAAGAUGAUAUUGAAGAAACAAAAGAAAAAGUUGGUCGCUGGACACUCAGCUCUGGUGCAGCUAAAAAGGUAUCUAAAAGUAAAUCUGGCAGACGCAAUAUAAGUCAUUCUAAACCAACUAACAUAGAAGAAGAAAGACUUCAAAUCCAUAGUGAAUCACAACGACUUGUACGAGAAGCUGAUGUACAUUUACCAGUCCACAGACCUAAACAAUUUAAAUGUUUCAGUGAGUUUCGUCAGUCUCUAAAAGGUUGCAAGUCAAAUGAAACCGAAAGUUGUGAAACCUCAUCUCAGAAUAAAUUACUUUCCGAUUGUAACUCUCAUCUUCCACCAAUUCCAGGACAAUCUACCCAAAAUGAAGAGACUGAAAAUAAAAUGGAUACCAAACCAUUCGUCUCACAAUGUUGUUCAGCCGACUAUCCUGUCGACAUUGAUUGCACCACUUUGGAACCACCAUCAAUGUCAUCUGAUGCCAAACCAUCACUCGAUGUUACAAGCGAACCAGAUGUAAUAACCAGUCUGUUACCUCGCCUUGCUGCGAGGAAAUUGAAAAAUGAUGAAAGUGAAGAAUUUUUCAUAGAUUUAGGUGAAUCAAUCCCUACUUCAAUGUCAUCUGUAACUCCUAGUCAAUUAUUAGCUCGUUUAAAAUCUCAUCUUCACGUGUCUCAUGAAAAAGUUGUACGUGGACCCAUCCAAUAUUCAAUCAUAACAAAGGUACAAAGCACUGACGCUGAACGUGAAGAACUACAGGUAGAAACAGUUACACAUGAACCAUCCAAAGGAUUAUCAACAACUAUGUCAGUUAGUAGAAAACAUUGGUUGGAACACAGAAAAGUUCUCGAAGAAAAAAUGCGUCAGAAAAGACUAGAGCAGUAUGAAAUGCGGUUAAAGGAAGAGGGUACAUGUCCAAAGUCAACAAAUGAAAAUACUGGGGAAGUAUCCAAUAGUGACGAAGAAUGGUCAGAAGGAGAUGCAAAUGACAGUGAAAUAUCCGAUGGAAACUCAACUACCGAGGAAGAAAAUAGUAGUGAUGGUGAAAGCGAAGAAGAAGAAGAAGAAGAAGAAGAAGAAGGAAGUGAGUCACUUGACGACGAUGAGGAAGAUGACAAUGUAGUGGUCGGUAGCAAAAAGGCUUCAAGACAGCGUCCUUGUCUCUUUGCUGAUGAUGAAGCAGAAGAAAGUGAAAAUGACGAAGUAUUUUCAGAGGCCAAUGAUCUUGAAGAUGAAGAGGCUCUAACAUGUAAAGAUUCUGCGGGUGUAAAACAAAACAAAUCUUGCAGUAAAACUAUUAGUGCCAAUAAUCUAAACAUAGAUUUUGCAAAAAAUAUUGUCAGGUCUCACACCCCUCAGAAACAACAUCUGCAGUUGGAUGAUUUCACAGAUCUACCACAGGAAAGCUCAGGGUUUAAACUUUUUUCAUCUUGCAAUAAUGGUUACAGUUUAAGUCUUCCACAAAAACAUCAUGGAACUCUAGGUCCUGCUGAUAUAGACCUUUUCGCAUCUGAAUGUUCUAGUAUUCUAGACAGAACUAUUAAUCCUCAGUCUAUAUUGGCCUCUACUCGUUUAGAUGCAACUACCAUCGGUGACGAAAACAAGUCUCGAUUUACCCGUAAUUCAUCUUCUCAUAGUCAAUGGAAUAAUACACCUUAUGAAUUACUGUAUUCUCAAAAGCCAAACAGUCAAUUACUAGCUUCCAGAUCAGAGUCUAUCACUCAAGAGUCCACUGAUGACAAUCAUAUAAUGACGUCUAACCCUCAUAAUAUAUCAUCUCAGGACACGGUCUUAUUAUCUCAGGAACCAACUCAACUAAUAUCUCAGCUAGAUCCUACGAUUAUAAUAUCUGAGGCAAGGAAUUCAAGUCUUCAAUCACAAGUUCUCCACGAAAACCGUCGUCAUCUGUUCGGUGAAUCAGUGAGUGACCAGUCAGGAUUGUUUGUGGACAUCCUUGCAAAGUCAAGUGUCGAAAACAGCAAUGCUGAUUCCCAGGUUCACCAUGAAAAUCGUCACAAUCUCUUCGGUGAAUCGAUGUGUGACAAACCUCAAGUAGUUGUGGAUCCGGUCACAACUAAAUCCUUUGAUGAGAAUGAUGAUAUAGAUUCUCAGGUUCUCCAUAACGAUCGUUGUAAUCUUUUUGGAGGAUCAAUCAAUAACCAAUCACAAGAACUUAUCGAUGAUACUACAAAAUCAAUCACAGAUUCCCUAACUAAUCACGAUAAUCAUCGUAUUUUGUUUGGAGGAUCAAUAGGUACGCAAUCGCAAGCUUUCAUGGAUUUGGCUGAUGAUAAUGAUCUGGAUUCCCAGAUUCGACAUGAAAAGCAUGGUAAUCUAUUCAGCGGAUCAAUAUGUGUCCCGUCACAAGAAUCAACAAACGAAGUGAAAAACUCAAUUAUCAAUAGUAAUAAUUCAGAUUCUCAUGAAAACUGUCGUAGUCCAUUUGGCGAGUCUACAUAUGACCAAUCACAAGGCUUUGUCAAUGAAAGUGUAAAGUCAGCUGUAAAUAAUCAUGAUGAUCCAGACUUUCAGGAAUCUGAGCACCCUAUUUCUGUGUUUACGACUCAAAAUUCAUCUCGUCGACGAAUUUUAGUUUUUGAUGAAGAUGAUGAAGAAGAAGAAGGGAAUGAAGAAAAGAAGGAUAAUAGCUGUAUUGGACCAGCUUCACUCAUACGGAAUAAUCCUUUUAAGUCCACAUCAGAAUCUAAUUUUACUGGUGACAAUUUACCAGAAGUACUCCAUACAGAUGAUAAUGUGGAAUUAGAGGAUAAGAGCUCAAGUGUUGAUGAAUCAGAUGAUCAUACUAUUGAAGCAGGAGAUGAUGAAGAAAAUAUUGAUCCUGAUGAUAUAACUGACGAAGAUAAUCGCAGUGAUGAUGACGAGUCCUCGGAAAGAGAUGAAGAGGAAGAAAAAGACAAUUAUCUUGAUGAUGAAGAGGAAGUUCAGCGUCUAACUAUACAGUCGAAUGAAACUAAAAAAAAGAAAAAAUUUCGUAUAAACGACUUUGUGGAUGAAGAAGCCGAAUUGUCUGGUGAUGAAAAUGAACGAGCAUAUUUCAUGGACGAUGAAGAUGAAUUAGAUCCCAAUGAUGAUGCUAAUGAAGAAUUCGCUGACUUAAUUGACGAAGAUGAUUCAGAUAUUCCGUCAGCUGGUCGUUUAAGACGUCAAAUUGAACGUGUACACCACCGCCUUCAAACUGAUCAAGAUCUACGUGAAAUACGUUAUCUAAAGGAACUUUAUUUUGAAGACGGUGAUUUACAUGCUGAAAAUGGACGAGUUCGUCAGAGACGUUUUCGUUGGCGCGGUUUAGAUAAUGAUGAUCCAUUUGAUGAUCAAAUAAACAUGGAUAAUAGUGGUGGUGAUGAUGAUAAUUCAAGUGAAGAUGAAAAUCAUGGUAUACCUUUUGGUCCUAUAGACAAUUGGUUACGUCGUGGUCCAAUGAAAUCCUCGAAUGAUGAAAAUAAUCAAUCCAUUGAAAAUGAUGAUUUAGAUUCUGACACAAUACAUUCAUCAUCUAAUAAACAAACAAAUGAUAAAGAUCCUAAUGAUUCAGUAUUAGAAUCUGAUGAAGAAAUGGAAAAUUCGAAAAUAGUAACUGACGUCUUAUCAAAUGGUGUUUUAUCUUUAGGAAAAAAGGCUUUACUAAAAUCUCAAACGAAGUUGAAAACUCAAAUAGUUGUACGUAAUAAGUUACCAGUCAAUCGUGGAAAGACCAUCAAACCAUCGUCUACGCUUAGAAGCCCAUUGAUCUCUAAUUAUUUCUUGCAACCCAAACCUCAUAAUCUACCUAUUAAUGAAGGUGUUACUAAUGAUACAGAUAAUAGUAAAGUUGACAGUGUUAUCAUUUCUAAUAAUAAUAAUGAUAAACCAAUUGCUCCUGUAAAAUUUAAUGUUAACAAUACUGGUAGUGAUGUAAGACUUCAAAUGAUCAGACGUGGUUCUCUAUUGAGUCGUUUUGCUGGGGGCCUUGUUCCUGGUUGUAAAUCUGAAACUACCCAGAUUCAUUCAAAUGUUAACGAUGGUUUCGAUGUCGGUACGUCAAAAAGUGAAAGUCGUCGCGACCAAACACAUCUAGAUUUACGGAGCAAGGUCGGUCUAUCGUGCUUUAGUGUUAUGACGGCUCAAAUUAAACCAGAAAAAACCGACCCAUUUGAUGAUAACGGUGCAUCUAACCAGAAUUCUCUAAGAUCCCGUAAUUUCGCCAUUAAGCAAAAACGACCAGUUGAUGUGAUUAAACCUAAUUCUGUUUUGUUAAGUCCUCCAAGUUUGAAACGCCAUCGAUCUACUAGUGUGUUUACUGCUCUUCUGUGAAUAAUCUUCUACUCUGUUUUGUUGAGUCAACUGUAAAGAUUUAUUUGAAAAAGCCUUUCAUGUUUUAUAUAUUCCUUUGCUGUAGUUAAUAAAUUCAUGUACUAUAAGCUUUGUUUAAAUCAGUGUUAUCUUUCUGUAUAUUGAGAACACUAAAAUGUGUUAU